GCCUCAAAGUCCAACCUCAAAGCAGAUAAGACUUGAGAGAGCAAAGAGAUGCUUCUGAGCAGAGCUCAAGACCUCCCGCCAUCCUCCACUCUUACCCUCGCCUCUACGUGUACGUUCGUACCUAGCCUUUGCUCCUCGAAACCUUACCCCAAAAGCGUAAUCCGUUCAAUCCCCAUGCGCUCCUCCCUCUCCCUUCUCCGCUCCCUCUCUUUCCCACUCUCCCACCACCGCCCACACCACCGAUUCCUUUGCUCUAUAUUCACCCUACCUUUCUAUUUGUCCCCAAAACCCCUGAAGUUUCGUACUCUCUGCGCGGUUUCUAAUAGAACUUCCGUCGAACAGUUGGCGUGCGAGGCUCCACUGUCCGAAACACAGGAGAAUUGGGAUUUCAGUGACAAUAAUGAGAGUGAGGCGGCUUUUGAUUUCGAUAAAAAUGUUGGGAAUCUGGAUUUGAAGCACGCCGCGGUGCCGACUCUGGACGUGAAGGAGCUGGCUGAGCUGCCGGAACAGUGGAGGCGGUCGAGGCUGGCAUGGCUAUGUAAGGAACUCCCCGCGCAUAAGGGCGGGACGCUUGUUCGGGUACUUAAUGCACAGCGGAAGUGGAUGAGGCAAGAGGACGCCACUUAUGUCGCAGUGCAUUGUAUGCGGAUUCGCGAGAACGAGGCCGGGUUUAAGGUGUACAAAUGGAUGAUGCAACAACAUUGGUAUCGAUUUGAUUUUGCUCUGGCUACCAAGCUAGCUGAUUACAUGGGUAAGGAGCGGAAGUUCUCAAAAUGUCGAGAGAUAUUUGAAGAUAUAAUCAAUCAGGGACGUGUGCCUAGUGAAUCUACAUUCCAUAUACUGAUUGUUGCCUAUCUUAGUUCACCAAUUGAAGGUUGCUUGGAGGAAGCAUGUAGCAUUUACAAUCGUAUGAUUCAGCUUGGAGGUUACCAGCCCCGACUUAGCUUGCAUAAUUCCCUCUUCAAAGCUCUUGUAGGCAAACCAGGAGCCUCCUCAAAGAAUUAUCUCAAACAAGCUGAGUUUAUUUUUCACAAUUUGGUGACAAGUGGACUGGAGAUACACAAGGAUAUCUAUGGUGGCCUUAUUUGGUUACAUAGCUAUCAGGACACCGUUGAUAGAGAGAGAAUAACGUCAUUACUGAAGGAAAUGCAAAAUGCGGGACUUGAAGAGGGAAAAGAAGUGCUUUUGUCCAUGUUGCGUGUUUGCUCAAAAGAGGGAGAUGUGGGCGAAGCAGAACGAACUUGGCUCAAACUCCUCUGUAUCGACUGUGGCAUCCCACCUCUGGCUUUUGUGUAUAAAAUGGAAGUCUAUGCCAAGGUUGGAGAACCCAAAAAAUCCCUGACGAUAUUCAGAGAGAUGCAGGAACAAUUGGGUUCAUCCAGUGUUGCAGCAUAUCAUGAAAUCAUAGAGGUUUUAUGUAAGGCUCAAGAAGUAGAACUUGCAGAGUCCCUUAUGGUGGAAUUCAUAAAGAGUAAUUUGAAGCCACUUACACCAUCUUAUAUUGAUGUGAUGAAUAUGUACUUCAACUUGAGCCUACAUGAUAAAUUAGAGCUAGUCUUCUCCCAGUGCCUUGAGAAAUGUCAACCCAAUCGCACCGUUUACAGUAUAUACCUGGAUUCUUUGGUGAAAGUUGGCAAUCUUGACAAGGCUGAGGAGAUCUUUAAUGUAAUGCGGAGUAACCAGGCAAUUGGUGUUAACUCUCGAUCCUGCAACACUAUUUUAGGUGGAUAUCUGUCUUCAGGAGAGUAUGUAAAGGCAGAGAAGAUAUAUGAUCUGAUGUGCCAGAAGAGAUACGGUAUUGAUUCCCCUUUAAUGGAGAAGCUUGAUUAUGUUCUGAGUUUGAGUAGGAAACAGGUUAAGAAACCAGUAAGUCUGAAGCUAAGCAAAGAACAACGAGAGAUUUUGGUGGGUCUGCUCUUGGGUGGGUUGCAGAUUGAAUCAGAUGAAGAGAGGAAGAACCACAUGCUUCGGUUUGAAUUCAAUGAAAAUUCCAGCUCUCAUUUUGUUUUGAAGAGACAUAUACAUGAGCAAUAUUAUGAGUGGUUACAUCCAUCAUGUAAGCCAAGCGAAGAUGCCGUUGACAUACCAUGUAGAUUUUGUACAAUCUCCCAUUCUUAUUUUGGUUUCUAUGCGGACCAGUUUUGGCCAAAAGGAAGGCCCAUGAUCCCAAAGUUAAUUCAUAGGUGGCUAUCGCCAUGUGCUCUUGCAUACUGGUAUAUGUAUGGGGGCUAUAGAACUUCUUCAGGGGAUAUUUUAUUGAAGCUGAAAGGAAAUCCUGAGGGUGUUGACAAGGUUGUAAAAGCAUUGAAGGCAAAGUCCUUGGAGUGCAGGGUGAAGAGGAAGGGAAGAGUAUUUUGGAUAGGUUUUCUGGGAAGCAAUUCCUCGUGGUUUUGGAAACUAAUCGAACCUUAUGUUUUAGAUGACAUGAAAGAUUUUCUGAAAGCAGGUGUUGCAACCUCGGAAAACAUUUCGGGAGAAACUGAGGACAUGAAUUAUGAUGAUGUGUCAGAAACUGAUGAAAUGGCCUCUAAUUGUAGUGAUGAUGCUUCAUGACUUUUAUGGACCGCCUCCUUUUAUGGACUGCAAAUGAUGCAGAAUGAGCACCGGAAAGACUGCUUCAUGAAGUUUGGAGGCCUCCCCAACAAUUCAGGAUAUCAUAUCCUGGGGAUUUUGCAUAGAUGUUCGUAUUCAAAUAGAGAUCGAGCAACUUAUUUAUAUAAUUAAGCUAGUGAAAAGAGCUUUUUCAUAUUCUGCCAUCUUCAUGCUCUAAUGUUGGAAUGCAUCACGGCAGCCGAAUGCGGAGGCCUGACUACCAUAGGAGGGAACCAUUCCAGAGAACCGCGAUUCCCGAUAUGAAUAGCGGGCUGCGUUGAACGAGAUGGGACGAAAAUGAUACAUUUUUUUAUCAAAAAAAGGGAUGGGAUAAUGCAUGAGAGUUGGGUGGCCAGCGCCGGCCUUGACCCUAUUCUGGGCUACAUGAUUCUCAGCCCAUUGAUCCUUUUCUGGGCUACAUGACUGUCGGCUGCAGUUUACCUCGGGAUCUGUUCAUUGGGCUUAUAAUAUUAAAAAAAAAAAAUUGCAAAUCUGUUUUCUCACACUGCACAUGUGAAAGCCUAAUACAAGAUUCAAUGAUUGGCAAUAUUUGAUGCAAAUAAUGAAGUGGGAUUAUGAUAAAGAUGCAUUUUCUGAAGGACACAUCUGACAAGCGGAGAAUUAUAUGAGAUGAUAAGCUAAAGGGACUUUCUGGAGUGGACUUCUUCAUUGGCUUCACCUUCUCAAAGCUUCUAACCUCCAAUUUCAUCAAGACGUGCAGAAUAUUGAGUUCUUUCUAAUGCGAGCUCAAAAGGCAUUUUUGCCCAAAAGUUAUUAUAUUUAUGCAAACCCGGUUAUGAAUUUGUAUUUCCUUCAUUUCAAAAAAGUGCAGAUGGGGGGGAACUACUGACUUAGGGUAAUCUUACUGCUAAUGUUCCUCGUAACAUACAUGCACUUUCUUUUCGAAAUCUUGUUGCUCGGUGGUGUUGGGGAGAGAGAAUCUUUUUAAGAAUUUUAUAGGGACCAUUAGAAAGUGGAAAGAUAAGACGUUGCCACUCAUGGAAAGCAA